AUGUACGCAAGUGGUUGCAUCGGUGGUGUCGGAGAAAGGCUCGUCCUGCUGGCGAAGAAGAGGGGGAGGGUUGAGAUGGCAGCGGGGUGCGUCACCACUGCUAAGGAGAGGAUCAGCCGGAUGCCACCCUGUGCUGCGGGGAAGAGGAGCUCUAUAUACAGGGGCGUGACCAGGUCUGGAUCCAUUUCUCUCUGUGGGGGAAGCGACUUCGUUUAAAUUCGGAUUUCUGGGUGCACACCAGUGGCCAUCCUUCGAUCUCGGGUUCAUCUAUUCCAAAAAUUCCAGCUGAAAACGAUUAUCUGGCUGUGGAACGUCGGUACAGAAAGAUUCAGCUUGACAAAGGACUUGCCUACGUAGAAAUGAAUCCGCAUUUGACUUGACGCGUCAGCCGGAUCAUGACCAGUUUUGGCGAGCGAACCCCAUUCUCUUUCUUUUACUGGCUCUCAGUGGACGUUUGGUGGUUUCGAAAUCCGAACCUUAGUAUUCUUUUCUGACAAUAUUCACGGGAGCGGUUAAUAUCCUGUCAAGAAAAAAGACUCAUUCCCAUUUCUGUAGCUGGUUAAGUAUGAUCGAGUGCCAGUAACUGUAGCCAUGAUGAGGAAGGUACUAACUGUGUCAAUGGUGACGGAUUUCAGGAAGAGUAGCUACACCCCUGACCCAAAACGGAAGAAAUAAACCCAAUAUACAAUGCACAAACUUCUUCCAAGUUUUCCUUAAAAAUCUACGAGUUGAAAUUCAUAGCCAUAAUAUCCCGGCAUUUUCUUUUAAUUUAGCUUUGCAAAGUAAAAAAAAUUGCUUAAAUUUUCAGUCCACUUUCUGUUUGUCAUAUUCUGGUCUAAAUGGUAGAUACUCGUAGAUACUCAGACACCGUUGGCAUCUAAAAUCCAUAUAUUUACACCACAUCAGUGUAGCUCCUGGGUCAUGGGCUUGAAAUUCAUUAGGGUAGUUCAAGUUGAAUCCUUGUGUAAAUGUGUUCUCUUAAUGAGAUUCAAAUAGAACGCGUGACUACUGGGGAAAUUGGAAAAUGAGACCCGAUUGCCAUAGAGGAUAUGAGCCAUUGAACAACGAGUUUGUAUAAUGAUGGUCUCAUUAGAAUGACAUUUGCAUUUACUCCUGCCUUAUGCGAACCUUUUUGCAUUUAUAAGAUGUCCUUGUGUAUGCGUUGGAUUUGACGAGGAAGAACAAGUGCAAAUUAAUAUAAUAUUUAUUGCAUUUAGAGGUUGUAUAUAAAUUUUUAUUAAAGGAAACCUUGUGAACACAUGACGUUCCAGAAUGUUAUAAAUGAUAUAUUUUUCAUACUUGCAUGAGAGCACUGAGUGAAGAUUUUCUUUUUUGAUGUAGGCAUGGAUUUAUUGUCAAAUAUCAGUUAGACGGUAUGUUGGGUUCAAAAUGAUACGAUAAGAACAUGGAUUUUUUUCGGCUUUUCUAUUAUGCUUGCAAGUAGCAUACCGGUGAAUAAAAAAUCUACAAAGGAAAGAACGUAGUUAUUGCUAGCGGUUCUUCGUUUUUUGGCUUCUGAUAAAUUUUCAAUGCCAUUCUGAUGAUUACAGACCAAGCAAACUCACAAGUUUUCAAGGAGAAACUGGAAUAGUGACCUAUAGCUUAGAAACUGACAACCCGCGAAUAUGACCAGACUAGUAAACUCUUUUUAUUAAAGAUAGUACAUGAUGCCAUGAAAAAGAUGAAAAAAUUCAUGUAUUCAUGGAAAACAUUGAAGAAAUAUUAUCCUCGGGUAGGUGCACUUCAUUUGGCAAUCCCUGAGCAUUCUCUUCUGAGGCUUUGCUCGAGAAUUUCGAAUUCACUUUUCUCGAGUUGAUUUAGACGAUAGCGGAUCGGAUAUUUGAAUUUCGCAUUUCCUAGGUUUGCAUAAUUUUUCAGUGCUCGAUUAAUUUUCUUUUCUGAGGAAGUCUUGAAGUGAAAUUUUAUUCACUUUCCCUAUCUCAUUAGGGAGUUUGAGAUCUUUCUAAAGCGAUGUAGAGGCUGUGAAUGGCUUUACGGUUUGUUUUCAGUUGAUGGUUGCUUCUGUUCCAUGUGACAGCAUACAUCUUUGAGACUGUACAAUGUUCAUGGCAGUUUGAGCAUUAUCAAGAGGCUUGGUAGGGAAUUGGAUGAUUUCUAUUAUCAGAUGAGGUUUUUGCGUAAGCCAGGUACCAUUCUACUCUGGCUUGGGAUUGGCUAAACUGACCAAUCGUGGUGAAAACUACUCAAUAUCACGUUAAUAAAAUUUCCAAGUAAAUUCAUAAAAUUAUUUUGUAAAUAAUAUUUUAGUACGUUAAAGUUAAAUAAUAUUUGAAGCAAAUGAGUAAAUUAUUCACUGAGGCCCGGCAUGAGACAUUUGUUGACUUACUCUCCCUUCUGAUUUGUUGGCACUUUGUCCUUUCACAUCAGGUGGUGAUCUAUUAUCAUAUAUUGUGCACUGUCAACGUGUAUCUUGAAUCGUUUUUUAUUUACCGCAAUAGACAUAGAUGGACUGGGCGUUAUGAAGCUCAUCUUUGGGACAAAAGUACCUGGAAUCAAAAUCAGAAUAAGAAAGGGAAACAAGGUAUUUUGUAACACUCUGCGUACUGAUUUUCAAAAUCAACCAAGAGUGGUUUCUGACAGUCCUUUUCUUGUUUGUAUGCUACCAAAUGUGUCACAAUGGAAUUGAUGACAAAUUUACUGUACUUCAGUCUACUUGGGUAAGUGAAUUUAAUGCGUUAAAUGUUUGUUCAUUGGAUGUCACUUAUGUUUCGUUAAGUUUGAUACACAUAUUUGUUUAUAGUGUAAUUUUUGUAUAAUUUUAGGCGCAUAUGAUGAUGAAGAGGCUGCAGCUCGAGCAUAUGAUCUUGCUGCUCUUAAGUAUUGGGGCGCUGGAACAUUGAUUAAUUUUCCUGUAGGUUGAUUUUUGCACAUAGUACCAUUUUUUUCCUUAUUUUAGCUUUCGUACAUGUUCUUUUAUGUUUAUUUCCUUAUAGCAAUGCCUUGUUGAUCCUGGUGAGACACAGCUGAUUACACUUCAAAACUCAAUGUGCCUAAUGAAGAGGGCAUAUAUAUUCAUGUAUUUUCCUCUAUUCCAAAAGUCAGACAUCUAUACCAGAGCAAACAUACCCAUGGUUGUCCCGCUUGGCGAUUUUGGGAUUUUGCACAUAUUGUCCCACUUGGUCUUUAUUCUGACAUUCUAACAGGUUUUCCUUGAACGGGAUAGUAUUUUCUCUGAGAAAAGUCGCAAAAAAAUAUAUAAAUGGAAUAUCGGUCUUUCCUCUAUCUGCCCCAAUAACAAGCAUAUUAUGUUGACGAAUGCUCCUUUUCUUUUCUGACUCGUCAAGAGAAGUUGGUCAAUUAUGGAUAAAUGUUGCUGCCGUUUUUCUUCUCGCAGGUAGCUUGGCCUUGUAAUUUUCGUGCUCCCUUAAAUAUUAAUUACGUUUAUUUUUAAUCUAGGUCAGUGACUAUUCAAGAGAUCUUGAAGAGAUGCAGUCGGUCUCGAAAGAGGACUAUCUUGUAUCUCUUAGAAGGCAUGCAUUCAUACAUACGUGCUAGUUCAUUCUCUACUUUGAUGGUUUUCUUUUUUCUAGUUUUGUACUUAUAUUGUCGUUUGUUGCAGGAAAAGCAGCGCCUUUUCUAAAGGAUUUCCCAAGUGUAGGGGUAUCCCAAGGUGUGUCUUCUAAUCAACAUUAUCUCCACCAUCGAUCUGUUCCUUUCACAAGGAGUUUUCUGUUUAAUGUCAUAUUUUCUCAAAUAUUAUUACCUAGUUUAUGGUAAUUCCAUGUUCUUUCAGUUGAGAAAUUAGUAUUGAUUGUAUAUAUUGGCCUUUAAUUAAAUAUUUUGAGGCAACGCUCAAUAUUUUGUGGGCGUCAAUAGUUUAAGUAAAUGCUUAGUUCUCUAAGCCUUAAGGGAAUGCAAAAUUGACAAAGGAAUAAGUCAACAUAUUAACUUUCUGAUCAAUGUCUCUAGACAGGCUAUGAUCUUUUUUCCAAGCAUUUUCAUAUCGGAGCAUGACUUGCAGAAAAAUUUAUGUAGUACCAGGCAUUGUAAUCUCGUAGGGAUUCCAUGGCAUGCUAUUUCAUAGUUCGUCAAGUUUUUUGGUAUGUCUAUAUUUUGGUGUGGUGUUACAUUAUGAAAUUAAGAUGCAUUAUGCAAAAGUUUUGAAUUUUGUUAGUAUAUUUUGUUGUUAAGUAUGCUAUGUUAGGGAAAAAAAUUGCAUUAUUAUUGAUUUUUGGCCUUGUAAGUCAGAACCAGUUGUUUCUGCUUUAGUGUUUUAGUGACCAAGAUGAGAGAAUUCUUAACAAGAAAAAAAUCUAUUAGUUUACUACUCUACUGCAUUGUAUAUCUCAUUUAUAUAACGCAUUACUUAUGUGUAACAUACAAAUGUGUACAUCGGCCUAAAAAACUGAAAAUAUAAGGUUUUCCAUUGGAAAGAAGAAUAAUCACUAUGAUUUGAAAGAAAUGAUUGACGAUGUAUCUGUCAGAUAUGUGAUAUAUGUCGUAUUUAUGAUUCCUAUUAUCUUAGUACCUUUGGACAAAACCCUGUUUGUCAAAUCUCUUAGAAGAAAACUGAGGUAGCUUCCAGUCUGAAUGAGAAUAAUUGAAGUUCAUAUUCAGGGUAAACCACCUUUGUAGUCCAUCGAUCCACUUGAAGAGGCCAUCUUUUCCGAUUUGUUAUGCUGCCGAUAUUAUUCAUUCAGCAUUCUUAUCUAAUUGUAAGAACACUCUUCUUGGGAUGUCCUAGAUAGAGUGUAAUGUGUUUCUUGCUCUUUCCCCAAUGCAAUCAGCAAUCUUGAGUAGCUUUUCUUCAUUUUAAUUCUCUAAGUUUUAUAUCUUAUCACAGACACCCACCAAACAACCAGUGGGAGACCCCUCUCAGCCAUGGUAAUAAUUCUCCUUGGUUCACUAAAUUUGCAUCUGGAUGUUUAUGAACUACUACCCAAACCUUUCUAAAUUUGAACAAAAUACUCUCUCUCUCUCUCUCUCUCUCUCUCCUUGAAGGUAUGACUAGAGAUGACGAAAUCAGAAGAAAAUAUGCUGGUGGGCUCUGCAUGGAGAGAAAAAUUGACUUGACCCCUCACAUCCGGUGGUGGGGCCCCAACAAAACUCAACAGGUAGAUCCAGCCGACAGAUGUUGCCCUGAAACAGUCACUGUUUCAGAUGAUCUUGACAAGGAACUGCACGCCCUGGAGUCUGCCGUACGGCACACUGAGCCCUACCAGUUGCCAUCUCUGGGCCCGCUCAGCAAGAGGAGCUCCCAAGGAUCCCUCAUUACCGCUUGUGGCAUAUUGUCCCAGUCUGCCAGCUUCAAGAAUCUAAAGCAGUCCUUAGAAUCCCGGGAUGGCAGCGGCUGUGGUGAGAACCCUGUCAGUGUCUGUCAACCCAUGCCAAUACCGCCCCAUGGCAUUGGGGCCAUUGGAUUGGGCACCAGCUUAGGCUUUUAUGGCUGUAAUUCGAUCGACCAGACACCUGAUCUUCUGUUGUGGGCCGGCAUUGCUCAGCCAGCUGGGUUUCCUGUUCCAGAAAUGGUAAGCAUUCUGAUUCCAGAAAUGGUAAACACCUUGAUGGAUUUAGAACACAAUUGA